AUGCAAUCUCCAGAACUUGCUCAUCGCCUCCAGGAGGGAACAGUCAAGUACACCCUCGACAGACCUGUCGCACUCACCACUGAAGAAGUGGUUCGUCGCCUCAGAACCUCCCUAAGCUUUGUGGGCCUUGACUACACCUCAAAGAAGAAAUUAAAGAAUCUCCUGAAUGGGUCUCGUGAAGACGUUCUUUCCAUGAGCAAUUUCCUGGGGCACCUGAGUAUAAAUAACCCAGAAGCUGAGGGCGGUGGUCAGUUGUCUCAGAGCGCUUCAACAGUCAAUAUGAUUGGUAAAGUUUGCACCCUGAUUGUUGUGUGUGUGAUGAUUGUGGUGGCCAGCGCCGGCAGGAUUGGUGGAGGCUACAGUGGUGGUGGAGGAUUUGGUGGAGGUGGCUUCGGCGGAGGUUUUAGCCGAGGAGGUGGUUUUGGUGGUUACGGAGGUAGAGGAAGCUUCGGUGGUGGAUUUGGAGGUGGAUCUGGAGGUGGAUAUGGUGCAUACGGCAAAUAAACAAGAAUCUUCCUUGACUCAACAAUCAAUUUGAACUUUUUCCAAAUUUCUUCCCCAGCAACAAGAUGUAACCAAGUGCAUUCAUUGUAUUGAACCUUAAAUAUUAUGUAAUAAACUUUAUUCUCUGCAUUACAUAUUUUUCUCACCAUGAUAAUACAUGAGACAUAAGUGAUUCAUGUAAUAUAUCUUUCAAUGUCAUAUUUAUUUUCUGAAACAACUUACUGAUUCUUAUUGUAUAUUUCCUGUGAAAAUUAUUACUUUAAUUAAUCAGUCGUUGUUCGACCAUGUGGGUUUAGCACCCAAGAUAAUAAUAAUAAUAAUAAUAAUAAUAAUAAUAAUAAUAAU